AUGGAAUUCUGUGCCCCUGCGGUCUCCGAUGUCAACCGGGGCGUUCUCACUCGUUUGUGCGAUGUACCUCGCAAUGGUGGCAAGGACGCAAUUUACGAGAAUAUCCGAAGGGCCAACGACAGAAUUCCCACACUGCACUCGCUCUAUCAGGAUCUGAAAUAUCUCGAGACAGUGGCCAACCCGAUAAAACUGUUAGCCGGUCCCACAAAACUAACUGUACAACAAUCUUUGGAGCAUAUAUUCGUUGAGGAUCAGCAUGCAUUCGAGGAAUCUUACUGGAAGUUAUGGUUAUUUAGCAUGAAAAACUUUCAUAAAUUGUUCACCGCUAUCAUGGUGCGAAAGAACGCCAAUCGUCCCAAGCUAAUAUGCGAACAAAAUCUUCAUAUUCUUGCAGAAUUUGCGCAGAUUGCUGAUGAGCUUGGGUUCAGCUCCAGUCAAAUCGACAAGUACAUAGAAUCAACCCCCGUAAUCAUUGUCGCGCGAGAAUUCUUUUCGAAGUUUAGGCCUCGCGAUGUGUACGUAUACGAUAACGGAGUCUUUGAGGAGGAAAUCCGGAAUCUCAGUGCAGGCUUGUGCAGGUUUCAAAAAUGUGCGAAGUCCACAAGGAAGUCCGCCCUGACCGGCGAAAAUCCGGUGAAGGUUACGAGGAGAACCGGUCACCCUUUCGAGAAUCACCAUGAGCGUGAUGCUGACAACUUCAUAUUGGAAAACAUGCUUGGGCUCCUGCCCCUAGAGAGAGAUAACGAUAUUACGACGUUUUUGUGCCGAAGAUCAUGGUUCAUCGCGUUCUUUGUGGAGUUGGCUCUAUAUUCGAAUAAAGAGUAUUUGACAUGCCCCAGCGUUCUCAAGCAACUCCCCAAGAUCCAGACCUACCCCCUCCCGAGCGAGGCCGAGUCUCCCCUCUCAGUAGAGGGCCAGCCCCUUCGUGCUCCCGAGGGUCAUCUCCCCCCCACACAUGAGUUCACACCUCCUCCUCCUCCUCCCGAAGCACAAUCUCCUCCGUCCUUAUCACCUGGCCCGGGAAUGAGUCGUAGACGACCCCGUUAUUCGUCGAAUGGCGCCAACAAAAAAAAGGCGGGUUGGGUUGGAGCCCCAUGA